CAAAUUUUACUUAGUAAAUUAUAAAAUACUUAAAAGAUUAUUAACAAAUGCUGUAAUUAAUCUUUGCAUUUAAGAAGGUCUUUAUUUAAAAUGCUUGAAAUGAAUAAACUACUUGCUAAACUACUUAUAACUUUAUUGCUACGCUAAGCCAUUUUUUUUUCUUUUAGAAGUUCUGAUAAAGGAAAAAAUCGAGUUAAAGAAGCUGAUUAAGAUAAAGAUGAAGAUAAUGGCGAGUUUAAUGGUGGCUGGUCAUAAACUAAUUUUACUGACAAUACUGAAUUUGUUGACUAAGGUGAGUAUCAAGGUAAAUAUUAAUUCUACAAUGACAAUGACGAAGUUUAGAUUACUGCUUAUUACGAAAUAAAUAUUUUCAACAAUCAAGAGUUUAAAAAAGAAUCAUAAGUUUUAUUUUCUCACAGAUAAAGGUGA